AUGACCUAUGACGCGAUUUCGGGGAAACUUUGGAUCGUUGCAGGCUUGCGAUUGAUCCGAGCUUGCUACCCUCCCUGGGCGCUACCUCGUCUUGGACGUGGUAUUGACUAUUUGGGUCGUUUUUUUUGGUUUCCUGAAGGCUGGAUGGAAGGUGAAAGAAUGCGUGGAUUUCAUUUCUUUCAGAUUCAGGGUUACUUCCGGGUUGCCUUGCGUUGUAAUGUAUCGACAUCGGGCCGUCUGUGUAUCUCCUUCCUCGCCCCGCGCGGCAACGUAUCGCAUCGUCGCGAUUCAAGGUCGAAAAAGUAG